AACCUCUCUGGGGAGAGAGAGGAGGGACCUGCCUCUAAAAUGAGUCUCUCUGGGGAACAUGACACCAAAGCUAAGAGACCAAUCAAGCCGGAGAGACCAGCCUCCCCUGUACCCAGCUGUGUGUCCAUGAAGAGUGACUGGUCUAUGGAUCCUCCUCUAAACUUUAGAGAGGGAGACUUUUCUACUGAACAAAGCCCAAUCAAGCAGGAGAGACCAGCCUCCCCUGUACCCAGCUGUGUGUCCAUGAAGAGUGACCGGUCUAUAGAGCAACCUAUAUCAUUUAGAGAGGGAGACUUUUCUACUGAACAAAGAAACCAACAGGAGAGAUCAGAGUCAGAGAUUCUCAGUGGUCAGUCUUCCCAGAGACAUCAAACAGACCUGGCCUCCAUAUUCAGUUUGCUUGAAGAGAAAAUUAUGACAUUUGUGAAGAACGAGCUGAAGAUGUUUAAGAGGAUUCUUAGUCCAGAACUCCCAGAAGGCUUUGAGAGUCAGAAGCAGGAAGUGGUGGACACUGAAGAUGACAAGCAGGAGAGCAGUGCCAGAGAGGGGGCUCUGAAGAUCACACUGCACGUCCUGAGGAAAAUGAACCAGAAGGAGCUUGCUGACACACUGGAGAAAUAUGAGCUUGCUGUGAUUUGCCAACGUGAACUCAAAUCUAAUCUAAAGAAGAAGUUUCAAUGUGUAUUUGAGGGGAUCGCUCAACAAGGAAACCCAACACUUCUCAAUAAGAUCUACACAGAGCUCUACAUCACAGAGGGUGGAACAGGAGAGGUCAAUAAUGAACAUGAGCUGAGACAGAUUGAGACAACAACCAGGAAACAAGCAAGACCAGAGACUGCAGUCAAAUGUAACGACAUCUUCAAACCCUUAACUGGACAAGACAAACUUAUCAGAACUGUGCUGACAAAGGGAGUCGCUGGCAUUGGAAAAACAUUCUCUGUGCAGAAGUUCAUUCUGGACUGGGCUGAAGGAAAAGCAAAUCAGGAUGUCCAAUUUGUAUUUUCAUUCCCUUUCCGGGAGCUGAAUUUGAUGAAAGGGGAAAACACUUUCAUUGAACUUCUCAAUCACUUCUCAAUGGAAACCAAACAAUCAAGAAUCUCCAACUACAACAAGUACAAAGUUCUGUUCAUCUUUGAUGGUCUGGAUGAGUGUCGACUGCCCCUAGACUUCCAGAAGAACACGAUCUGUUGGGACGUCACAGAGUCAACCUCAGUGGAUGUUCUGCUGACAAAUCUCAUCAAGGGAAAUCUGCUUCCCUCUGCUCUCCUCUGGAUAACUACCCGACCUGCAGCAGCCAAUAAGAUCCCUUCAGGGUGUGUUGACCAGGUGACAGAGGUACGAGGGUUCAAUGACCCACAGAAGGAGGAGUACUUCAGGAAGAGAUUCAGUGAUGAGGACCUUGCCAGCAGAAUCAUCUCACACAUAAAGACAUCAAGGAGCCUCCACAUCAUGUGCCACAUUCCAGUCUUCUGUUGGAUUUCUGCAACAGUCCUUGAACACAUGCUGAAACAUAAGAGAGAAGAGAUGCCCAAGACUCUGACUGAGAUGUACACACACCUUGUGGAGUUUCAUACCAAACAGAAGAAUGAAAAGUAUCUUGGGAAAGAAGAGACAGGUCCACACUGGAAUAAAGAGAGCAUUCUGUCACUGGGAAAACUGGCUUUUCAACAGCUUGUGAAGGGCAAUCUGAUUUUCUAUGACGAAGACCUGAAAGAGGCUGGCAUUGAUGUCAGUGAAGCCUCAGUGUACUCAGGAUUGUGCACACAGCUCUUUAAAGAGGAAUGUGUGCUGUACCAGGACAGGGUGUACUGCUUUGUUCAUCUGAGCAUUCAGGAGUUUCUGGCUGCUGUAUAUGUGUUCCUCUCAUUCAUCAACAACAAUGAGAAUCUAAUGGCCGAACGGCAAUCAACAUCCAGGAACUUUUCCGUGAGGAUCAAACAAAGGCGUAAAGUUACUUUCUACAAGAGUGCUGUGGAUAAAGCCUUACAAAGUGAGACGGGAAACCUGGACCUUGUCCUCCGCUUCCUUCUGGGCCUCUCACUGGAGUCCAAUCAGAAGCACUUACAAGGUCUACUGACAAAGACAAAAAGCAGCCCACAGAGCCAUGAAGAAACAGUGAAGUACAUCAAGAAGAAGAUCGGGGAGAAUCUCUCACCAGAGAGGAGCAUCAAUCUGUUCCACUGUCUGAAUGAACUGAAUGACCAUUCUCUAGUGGAGGAGAUCCAAAGCUACCUGAACUCAGGAAGUCUCUCAAAACCCAACCUGUCACCUGCACAGUGGUCAGCAUUGGUCUUUGUGUUGCUGACUUCAGAAAAGGAGCUGGAUGUAUUUGACCUGAAGAAAUAUUCCAGAUCAGAGGAAGGUCUUCGGAGGCUGCUGCCAGUGGUCAAAGCCUCCAGAGCUGUUCUGCUGUCAGGCUGUGGAGUCACAGAGGAAGGCUGUGCUUCUCUGGUCUCAGCUCUGGAGUCAAACCCCUCACACCUGAGAGAGCUGGAUCUGAGUAACAAUGACCUGAAGGAUUCAGGAGUGAAGCUGCUCUCUGCUGGACUGGGGAAUCCCCGCUGUAAACUGGAGACUCUGAGGCUGUCAGGCUGUCUAGUCACAGAGGAAGGCUGUGCUUCUCUGGUCUCAGCUCUGAGGUCAAACCCCUCACACCUGAGAGAGCUGGACCUGAGCUACAAUCACCCAGGAGACUCAGGAGUCAGACUACUCUCUGCUGGACUGGAGGAUCCACACUGCAGACUGGAGAAACUCAAUGUGGAACAUGGUGGAGAGAACACAAUGAAACCUGGGCUUAGAAAAUAUGUCUGUGAUCUCACACUGGACCUAAACACAGUAAACAGACUCCUCUCUCUGUCUGAGGAGAACAGAAAGGUGACAUGGAGGAGAGAGGAGCAGCCGUAUCCUGAUCACCCAGAGAGAUUUGAGGACUGGAGACAGGUGCUGUGUAGAGAGGGUCUGACUGGGCGCUGUUACUGGGAGGUAGAGUGGAGUGGGAUAAUGGGGGCUGAUAUAGGAGUGACAUAUAAAGGAAUCAGCAGAAGAGGAGGGGUUAAGGACUGUUGUCUUGGAUGGAAUGACAAGUCCUGGAGUCUGAACUGCCAUGACAACAGUUACUCUGCCUGGCACAAUAAUAAUCCCACUACCAUAGACGUCCCCUCCUCCAGCUCCCACAGAGUAGGAGUGUAUCUGGACUGGCCAGCCGGCACUCUGUCCUUCUAUAGAGCCUCCUCUGACACACUGACCCACCUGAUCACAUUCACCUCCACAUUCACUGAGCCCCUCUAUCCAGGGUUUGGGGUUUGGGGUGAUGGUGACUCAGUGUCCCUGAAAUAAUAACCUGACACACACACACACACACACACACACACACACACACACACACACACACACACACACACACACACACUGGACUCACACACAUUGACAAACACACACACACACUAGAAACACAACACAUACACACAGACAAACACACACACACACUAGAAACACAACACAUACACACAGACAAACACACACACAUUGGACUCACACACAUUGACGGACACACACACACACACACACACACUGGACUCACAUACAUUGACACACACACACUGACACACACACACACACACACUCACUCACACACUGGACACACACACACACACACUGGACACAAUCACACUAGACAAAGACACACACUCUGGACACUUACACACACAAAUUAAACUAACAAUCCCAACUAAAUAACUACAUAGAGAAGGAUGUGAGAGAAGAAUGUGCAAUGCUGACAUCAAGGCAGACUCAAUCUGUAUGGAAUCUAACCCCAACAAUCUGUAUGGAAUCUAACCCCAACAAUCUGUAUGGAAUCUAACCCCAACAAUCUGUAUGGAAUCUAACCCCAACAAUCUGUAUGGAAUCUAACCCCAACAAUCUGUAUGGAAUCUAACCCCAACAAUCUGUAUGGAAUCUAACCCCAUCAAUCUGUAUGGAAUCUAACCCCAACAAUCUGUAUGGAAUCUAACCCCAACAAUCUGUAUGGAAUCUAACCCCAUCAAUCUGUAUGGAAUCUAACCCCAACAAUCUGUAUGGAAUCUAACCCCAACAAUCUGUAUGGAAUCUAACCCCAACAAUCUGUAUGGAAUGUAACCCCAACAAUCUGUAUGGAAUGUAACCCCAACAAUCUGUAUGGAAUCUAACCCCAACAAUCUGUAUGGAAUCUAACCCCAACAAUCUGUAUGGAAUCUAACCCCAACAAUCUGUAUGGAAUCUAACCCCAACAAUCUGUAUGGAAUCUAACCCCAACAAUCUGUAUGGAAUCUAACCCCAACAAUCUGUAUGGAAUCUAACCCCAACAAUCUGUAUGGAAUCUAACCCCAACAAUCUGUUUGCAAUGUAAACCUUCUCAUUAAAGCAAUACUUAUUAAAUCAAUUUCCCUCCCUCAAGAAAAACAA